GCGCCGGUGCAUUCAACAUCGACACUUUCCCAUCUACUGCCAACGACUUCUACCCCCGCCCACUGGGACUGCGCACGACGACAGGCUGCUGAGCGAACCCAACGCUCACCUGCCCAUUUGCCAACCAUGGCAAAUGAUCGCAAUGCCCAAAAUGUCAUCCGCAGGAAACUCGUCAUCAUCGGUGACGGUGCUUGUGGCAAGACGAGCUUGCUGAGCGUGUUUACGCUUGGUUUCUUCCCCACACAUUAUAUACCGACCGUGUUUGAGAACUACGUUACCGACUGCAGAGUGGACGGCAAAUCGGUUCAGCUGGCGCUAUGGGACACGGCCGGCCAGGAGGAUUAUGAGCGGUUACGGCCGCUAGCGUAUGCCAAAGCACACGUCAUCCUAAUAGGCUUCUCGGUCGACACGCCAGACUCCCUGGACAAUGUCAAGCACAAGUGGGUUGUGGAGGCACAAGAACGGUGUCCCGGUGUGCCAAUCAUCCUCGUCGGCCUGAAAAAGGACCUGCGUGACGAUCCGGUCGCGAUAGAAGAGAUGCGCAAGAGGUCCCAGCGCUUCGUUUCCCCGGCAGACGGCGAGCACGCGGCCAGAGAAAUCGGCGCCCGCAAGUACCUCGAAUGUUCCAGCUUGAGCGGCGAGGGUGUCGACGACGUGUUCGAAGCAGCCACGCGAGCCUCGCUACUCAUGUUUGAAAAAGGCGAGGGAGGCGGGUGCUGCGUGAUAUUAUGAGCAGCUUGAUGCAUGAGGGAUGUAUAAGCCCUAACCCACCAACCCUGUCCUGGUCCUAGAUGAGCCCGCGCCGUUCAAUGAAACGGGAGACCCGAGCCGAGUCCCUGACCAGAACCAACGCCGGCUGAGCUCGCCAAGGGCGGCACGCUGCUCCGGAUCUGUCAGCGCCUUGGUUGUCCUCGGAUGCCUCAACAGUAGCCCACAAUCACGACAGACAGUACCGGAUGGACUUCACGGCCAACAGGAAAGGCCGAUUGUUUAUUUUUCUUUUCCCCCCAGCUAUCACAUGCGGAGCGAGCCGAGCGAGUCAUGAUCCACGAUGUAUUAAUAUGCUAAGCUGUAUAGAUCUGAGGUGGUUUUCUUUCAGCGGGUAACUGGACGCGGUGGUUAUAAGAGCUGGGCUGCAAGGAUUUCACGCUACGGCCGAAAAGGGGGGUCCUUUCAUUUCUCGGAAGCAUCACGAGAGAGUUGUAGCAUGAGUGGAAGUCAGACUGUCAAAUGCAGGGCAUCUUCUCAAUCAGGCUGGGAUGGUUGUGGAUAGUCAAAAUUAGCGGUUGUUUAAUGGCAAUUUGAGUUUCACACUGGGGCUCACG